AUGGCGUUGACGACGCAGUUCCUCUCCAGCAUACGGGGUUUCGUCAAGGAGCGGAAUGCGCAGAAACUGCGCGAAUGGCUCCUGGUGGAACCUCCCGUGCCAGACAUCUAUCACAAUCUGGCCAAGGAGCUUCGCGGCGUCGCUGCAAUCGACAAGCUCGUUGAGAAGCACCUCCCCGAAGACGAUGAUGUGCCGGCAGAUCAGGGCACCGCAUGGAGGGGCCUUGUCGCCUUCAUGGAAGACUAUCUGAAGUACUGGAGGGACGUAGAUUUUGACGACCUGUUGGUCGCUCAUGAGUUGCUUAUGGGGUUGACCAAUUCGUGUACAACGGCGUUGAACCACCCGUUGUACGGCACAAUGAUGCUCCAGACGAGUGUGGCACUCUGCGGGUCUCUAUCAAAGCUCUCGAUGACGCUUAACAAGCGUCCUGAUCUUACCAGAAAGAUCCAAACGAUUGACACGUCCGGAGGCGACGAAGAACAGAAGUCGAUUAUCGACAAGACGGCCGAGGUAAUGCAGAGGGUCUUCACCGCAUGCCUUACAGAUCGAACGAGCGAUAGGAGUCAACCGCCGGAGGGCAAAAAGGUCGGCGUGUACACGUUCGCCAACGUCACGCUCAAACUGCUCUUUGCUUGCCGCAAAACUCAUCUCGCAAAGACAAUCUUCACAAACAUAUCCGCCAAAUCACCGUCGCUGUCAUACUACCCAGCGUCUCAACGAGUGACAUAUCUAUACUAUCUUGGCCGCUUCCAUUUCAUCAACAGCCACUUCAGCCGCGCGGCUCAGUGCUUGGAGCAGGCCUACCUCCAGACGCCACCAGCCUUCCAGACCCAUCGCAAACUCAUCCUGACGUACCUCAUUCCCUGCAAGAUGCUGCUGGGCUACCUGCCCUCGACGGCCCUCCUUCAAAGGCCAGAGGCCGAGGGUCUAUCGCCGAUCUUCUCGCAGUUCGCCCUCGCCAUCCGCACCGGCAACUACCUUCUCUUCCAGUCCACACUCGAGACGCACGAGAAGUGGCUUCUCCGGAAAGGCCUCCUGCUGACCCUCACCUUCCGGCUACGGCCGCUGCUGUGGCGGUCGCUCAGCAGGCGCAUCUUCCUGCUCACCUACGUCGCGCCGCCGAUGGACUCGGACAAGCCGAACCAGAAAGCCGCGACGCUGGACCUCGCCCACCUGGUCGUGGCGGCAACGUACAUCCAGAAGCGGCUGGAGGGCUACGUGCCGGCGGAUGCGGGCCCGCGGUCGCGGCCGCCCCACGUCAACGCCAUCUUCAUGAAGGCCGUGGCCAGCAACGGAGGGCCGGGAACCGCUGACAGCACGCUGGUGGCGCCGCCCGGUGGCGCCAAGAAGCUUCGGCCCAACGACGGGCUGGUAUGGGGCAACAUGCCCAUCACCGCGGAGCACGUGGAGGGCGUGGUGGCGUCGCUGGUGGCGCAGGGGCUGCUGCACGGGUACGUCGCGCACUCGCUGGGCCGCUUCGCCAUCAUGGGCGCCGCGAAGAAGGGAAGCCCCGUGGCGGCCGGGUGGCCGAACGUUUCAGAAGUGAUUGGGGGUGGAGAUGACGAGGUCCCUGGCCUGGUUGGGUGA